AUGGAGCUGCAGAGCCGGCCCGAGGCGCUCGCCGUGGAACUCGCGCGCCACCAGAACGGCGACCUCAAGAAGCAGCUCCACGACAGGCAGCCGCGGAUCGCCGCGCUCGGCGACAAACAAGCUUUGGGAACCAUCACUGCAGUGCCUGUCACAGGUCCUCAGGUGAGCUCCUUGCAGAGGUUGGCCGGGCAAGGAGCGGCAGUGCUACCUCAGGUUAGGCCAAAGACUCUGAUUCCAGACAGCCUCCCCAUCACCCCAGGCCGGGACCGGCCACCCAAGCAGCCCCCAACAUUCCAGAAGGCCACCGUGGUCAGCAUAAAGAACCCCAGCCCUGCCCUCCCCACUGCCAACAACACCGUCAGCCAUGUGCCAACGCCCGGUAGCCAGCCCCAGGCCCUCGCCGAGCCCGCUGCCCUCACCUCUCCCCUGAGCAGCGCCGGGGUGGCCUAUGCCAUCAUCUCCACGUCCCCCAGCAAUGCCGCCGCCAUCGCCCCCAGCACCGCCGUGUCCGUGGUCAGUGACAGCAUCAAAGUCCAGCCCCUCCUCAUCAGUGCCGACAACAAGGUCAUCAUCAUUCAGCCUCAAGUGCAGACGCAGCCCGAGAGUCCGGCGGAGUCACGGCCGCCCACGGAGGAGCCAUCUCAGGGAGCUCAGGCCACCAAAAAGAAGAAGGAAGACCGGCCCCCAACCCAGGAGAACCCCGAGAAAAUUGCCUUCAUGGUGGCGCUCGGCCUGGUGACGACAGAACACUUGGAAGAAAUCCAGAGCAAGCGACAGGAGCGCAAGAGAAGAAGCACGGCCAACCCUGCCUACAGUGGCCUCCUGGAGACUGAGAGGAAACGGCUGGCCUCCAACUAUCUCAGCAACCCCCUGUUCCUCACAGCGAGAGCCACUGAGGACCCCUGCUGGAAGAAUGAGGUCACCCACGACGAGCACUGUGCCGCCUGCAAGAGAGGGGCCGGCCUACAGCCCUGCGGCACCUGCCCGGGGGCCUACCACCUUGGCUGCCUGGACCCGCCCCUCAAGACGGCGCCCAAGGGCAUGUGGCUGUGCCCCAAGUGCCAGCAGAAGGCCUUAAAGAAAGACGAAGGUGUGCCCUGGACCGGAAUGCUGGCCAUUGUGCACUCCUACGUCACCCACAAGACAGUCAAAGAAGAAGAGAAGCAGAAGCUGCUGCAACGAGGCAGUGAGCUGCAGAACGAGCAUCAGCAGCUGGAGGAGCAGGACCGGCGGCUGGCCUUGGCAGUGAAGAAAUGCCUGGAGCUUAAGACGAGCCUGCUGGCCCGCCAGAAGGGCACCCAGUCAUCCCUGGACCGCCUCCGGAGCCUUCUGAGACUGAUACAGGGCGAGCAGAUGCUCCAGGUCACCAUGAGGACCAGCAGCCCUGCCCCACUGCUGGCUGGGCCCUGGACCAAGCCCCCAGCAGCAGCCAUGCACUCCGCCUUCCAGCACCCCCCGGGCCACAACUGA